GUCAAUGUUCAGCAGUGAUACCACCCUGCUGCUGCCACUGUCCUCACCAGCAUUCAGCAGUGCCACCACCGUGCUACUGCCAGUGCCCUCGCCAGUGUUCAGCAGUGCCACUACCGUGCUACUGACAGUAUUCUCACCAGUGUUCAGCAGUGCCACCACCGUGCUACUGCCAGUGUCCUCGCCAGUGUUCAGUAGUGUCACCACAGUGCCACUAGCCCUCUUACACCUGUCACCUGACUUGUCGUCUCACUUAGCAGUAGUUUAACACUUUUUCUUGGAUACACACACACAGUUGCUUACAAAUUUUAUCAUAGCUUGCAAAAAUGUGGCAGAACUUCUGCAGUCAUUCUAGAUCUCAAGCUGCAUACAGCCUCUAAAGGCAUUCUAAGAUUUAUCAGACUGAUAAAAAUGUCUUCAGACUGUUAUUAAUGUGACGAGAUUAUUCAGACCUUCCCAGAGUGUUGCGUGUUGUCUGGACAGUGUUUCUCUUAUAACCUGCUCUUGUAAAAUAGAGAAAUAUCUCUUGGCUUAAUACAUUGUGUGUAUGGUUUAUCAGAUACCAUGAAGGCUCUAAUAAAUCUUCCCACUCUACCUGACUCUACUAACCUCUACCAGCCACACCCUUUAUCUCAGUCAUCAUACCCUUUGCCCCAGCCACCACACCACCACUUGUCUCAGCCAUCAUACCACUUGCCCCAGUCGUCAUAUCUCUGGUUGCAGCCAAAAUACUCCUUGCCCCAGUUGCCCCACUCUACGAACACCUUGCUACAUAGUCCUCUGGUGCUGGCCAGCCUGCUGUUGUUAAUAGGUUCCUCUAAGCGUGCCCCUAGCACCAGCUGGUCCUCCCUGGCCCACGAUGACCAUCUGCAGGCUCUCCUCUCUCACAACCUGGACGCAGUCCAUGUUAUCAACUACAACCUCUCCAGCACCUUACAACAAAGACGCCAAACAGGCUCCUUCGUGGAGAAGGAGAGGCAAGGCUGCAGGAGCCGACUAGUGAGGGAAGCCCCUCAGACGCUCUCCUCAGGGUUCCUGCCUCUACAGGAAUCCAUCGUGGCCCUUCAGGAGGCUCUCGUACGACGCCACAUCAGGAAGCAACCCACUCAAGCUGUGGAUGAGGUGCUGCGCUCCCUCUCCAUGGAACUGGAGAGGCAGAGAACUCGUCUGGAGAAGCUCAAAGGAAAGAAAGAAGGCUCAUCCUCACAUCCCAUCACUGAUAAAAAACCAUACAGCUGGUGUAGUGAACCAUUCACAGUGGUGGGUGAGGAGUGUUUCUACCUGAGUCAGACUGUCAAGCUGGCCUGGCACGAUGCUGGCACUGCCUGUGACACUAUGGGUGCCCACCUGGCCCACCCCAGCGACCUCACCCUCCUCGCAACCCACCUUAAAAACUUCCGUAGCCAGAAAAUUCGCUACUGGCUGGGAGCUUCAGACGAGGCGCUGGAGGGUGAGUGGCGCUGGGUAACUGGAGGGACUGUGGUCGCUGACUGGAGGCCAGACAACGUCAGUCGACAGGGUGAGGUGCAGGACUGUCUGACGCUGCUGCUGUCGAAGCACCGGCCUCCAUCCCUCGAUGACUACUCUUGCUGGAAGAAGAGGAACUUUAUCUGCCAGCUGGACAUUCACUGUUGACCCACUGUGACUCAUUGCAUGCAUGGCUUCCCUACAGGUUCACCGCCUUCCCAUGAAUAUAGUAUUCUUCUUUAGCAACACAGCCUACCACUCACUCUACUUCCCUUCAACACAGUCUACCACUCACUCUCUACUUCCCUUCAACACAGUCUACCACUCUCUACUUCCCUUCAACACAGCCUACCACUCACUCUACUUCCCUUCAACACAGUCUACCACUCUCUACUUCCCUUCAACACAGCCUACCACUCACUCUACUUCCCUUCAACACAGUCUACCACUCACUCUCUACUUCCCUUCAACACAAUCUUACACAUAAGUUUAAAAAAACUGAAGCCACGAAAAGUUCUUGUUAAAAUAUUAUUGGAACAUUAUCCAAGGUUGAUCAUUAAUGACGCAACACAAGUGCUGGCAAAACAACAUGUCUACUAAUUCUAAUUUUUAUCAACUUUAAAAAAAAUGCAAUAGUUUAUAUAAAAUUGAGUUUUAAAAAUAAGAUAAUUUAUUCAGCAUUUUCUUGUUAUCUUAAUUACCGCCACCAUAAAAUAAAAUUACCUCAAUUAUUUGGAGAAUGCACAAUUAUAAGCCAAGAAUUUUUGAGUUAUAUCGACAUUUAACAUUCACAUAACAUUCAGUAACCUGGAGGAGAUUAUUUUCGUUGGGUAAGUCUGUUUCUUUAUAUACUUUUUAAGUGCUUAACUAAAAAUAAUCUUUGCAAAACAUCAUCCUGUGUGUCUAAGUUUAAUGAAUAUAAUAACGUUAGCAUUGUUAUAACUUUUAAGAACCGGGAGAACAAAACUGAAAACCUAACUGGUAAAGAUUUUAUGUGUUGCUGUGACUAUCGAGGAAUCAAACACAUCGGACCUUGAUAAAGCUGCUGGUUGUUUCUAGUCAGUUCUCAGUCUUGGAACUCUCUUUAUUCCCAUUAAAAUACUGUCACAGUAUCUGGAAGACCCUCAGCCCAGACUUCUUUUUACGUUGUCAGUCACUUUUUCAUUAAAAUUAAAAACAUACAAAGAGAACAAAGUUUGUAAAAGAUCAUCUCACCUCACUCUUCCAGUCUCUUAUGAAAGUUCUCACUGAAACUCAAAAUUCUAAUGGAACCCUAAGGGUUUCGUGAAUCCCAGUUUAAAACUUUCCCUGGUGUAGCAGGAGGUUUUCAAAUCGGGUAAACUUCAUCAUCUUGGAAGACAUAGUUCAGCUACCUCUGCACCUCUAGUGUUUAUUUCUUAAACUGUAAUAUGUCAAUGUCUGAAAGUUGACAGAGAACUUGACUAACCUGCCAUGAAUAGUCGCCUAACCUCGCCUUUUUUCUUUUUCCCAUCUUACUUCUUUCUCUUCUUAAAUCUCUUUCUUCUAAUCUUUUUUAUUUAUUCUCGUCUCCCUCAUUGUAAGCCUCCUUCUGUCUCAUUAUAUGAAUAUUAGUAUGACUUUUCCUUUGGAAAUAAGACUACGUCAUUGAUUGUGGGUAAAGAAAUGUACUUUUUAUGUGGUUAAUAUUCUACGGUUUUUAAUUGCUCCUGAAGAAAAAAAAAAGGCUCGCAAAUAGCUAAAUACUGUCCAUAUAUCUGAGUACUGAAUAUGUAUCAAAACAUUAACGCUUCCUACAAGCUGAUACUGUGCUUGUGAAUCCAUACUCUAGUCCUCUCUCUAAAGGCAUUUGAAAAUACCUUUUUGUAGCCGUCAGACUAGGUCGUUUGGCGGUGGGAUGAAGGUGGGGUUAGUCUGUCUUGGCCUUGUUACACUCUCCGCACUCUAAUAAUUAUGUUCUAAUUGUUUUUUACGAAUUUCCAUUAACCAUGGGGGGAGUUGAAUGAUAGCUCUAGGCUUUUCAUGUUGCAAUCAACAAAUCAUCAGAUGCUUGCAAUGUUGCAGAAAAGAGGAGGAGGUCCAAGCAAUUACGAUCACAAGGAGCGCAAAGGCUCCCUGUAAUCGUAUGUAUUCUGUAUUUAUUGAUUUAUUUAGAAAAGAAAGACGAUAAUGUGUAUGUAAUGAAAGCAGCGCGGUGUAAAACUUUCUUCAGAACCUGUUUAUUGUAUUGUUGUAAUAAUAAUGAAACUGCGUAUGAAA